AUGGCAGUGGUCACCUUGGAGAGCGAGUUCGGAACUAGGUGGCCUCAACUUGCAGAGGCCUUGGGUAAGCCAAAGAGAUAUGCCGUAUGGGUCAACCCUUUCGCUGCCAAAGGUGCAGCGCAGGAGGUACUCAGGUCGCACCAGCUGGAACCCUUAACAGGCAUUGCUGGUGAGGCGCACUUGUGGGCACCAUCUGAAACCACGGAGCAGUUGCUGCCAAAGCCGCCGACCUGUUCCGUAACUGGUUUGAAGACCUACUAUCCGCUUGAUUUGGCCUCAGCCAUGCCUGUGUUGGCUCUACUGCAAGCCUGCUCCUCCUUGCCGACUGCAACACUGGACACAUGUGCGGCACCCGGUGGCAAGUUCCUUUUGCUUGCAGGAGCCCUGUUAAGAAACCACAUUUUGCACAAGACGGAUCUCGUGGCCGUCGAAAGCGACGCCUUCCGAGUUAGCCGGCUGAAGCAAAACCUCCGCUUGUACUUGCCCGACGACGCCUCGCGUCACGUGCGUGUGCACCGGGCUGACUCCACGAGGGUUCUUGGCCAGCUACAAGAAGGUCCCUUCGACGCUGUUCUGGUUGAUGCACCGUGCUCCUCUGAGCGUGAGAGGCUGUUGCGGUCGCUGCGGCGUGGACAGAACACCGAAGUGUGGAAGCUGACCAAGGCCCAAGCAAAUGCGCGACGGCAGGUGAGGUUAUUGAGUUCUGCUUUGCAAAAUACAUUACCGGGAGGCAUUGUCAUCUAUGCCACAUGUGCGCUCUCACAUAUCGAGAAUGAUUUUGUCAUUGAAGAGGUUUUAAACGAUAGGAAAAAUCGCCUGUUGCCCUUGGCACAUGAUGUACCGGGAGUGGAGAUUGAGUCGACUCGCUACGGAUGGCGGGUCUUGCCGGAUCUCGGCGGCUGGGGGCCCUUAUACUGGGCAGCACUGACCCGGCAAAGCCUUGUCAAAAGCAGCUGA